CCUGCUGUGGGCUUUUUUUUUUCUCUUCCAGGUCUUUUUCUCUCCAUUCCUUGUGGCCAGAGCACAACCACAAUUCAACAACAGCAAUCGUUGCCUAAGCCUUCCUAUUUGUUCCUCCUGCUGGGGAAAACCGGCAUCAGGGACCCACCAUCCUCGGUCGUAAACUCAAAUUCCCAUGCCUCGCUUCCUUCCCUGAAUGAUGAGCCCGGUACGAUGAAUACGGAAACCUUGUUCUCCACCAUGAUUCAUGAUGCAUCUUUUUUUUCCCUCUCUUCCGUAGUCCCCAAUACGCUAGUAGGUAGUAUCCGAAUGCGAAUGUAUUCUCUCCAGUAUUCGCCCCCGUUCAUCCGGACAUCGGAGGCAAAACUCGAUGCUUACUCACUCUAUCUCGCACAACAUCCAAUAUGA